AAAAGCGUUUGGCAGUGCUAUCUAACUCAGUCGUUCCGAUUGUUUACUUGUAUUCUCACGUCGCGCAUCGCAUCCGCUCAGCAUGGAGUAUCCGAGACUGUGUCCAGCUCGCUGGUCAGACGACCACUUCGGCAUGUGUAUGCCAUCACGAGAAUUUAUGUGCCCAUUCUAUGACACCCAUUCAAGCUACUUCCGUCCUUGGAGGCUAAUGGGCAAACAAAGCAUCGCCAAAGAAAUCGGAUCAACAAUAGAAAAUGACAAAGGGAACUACAAGAUCACCAUGGAUGUUCAACAUUAUAAGCCGGAGGAAAUUAGUGUGAGAGUGACGGACAAUGAGAUUAUAGUUGAAGGAAAACAUGAAGACCGGCCGGACGCACAUGGAUACAUCUCGAGACAAUUCAGGCGACGGUACGCGUUGCCAAAUCACUGCCCCGGGGAGAACGUCACUUCAUCCAUGUCCUCAGAUGGCAUCCUCAUCAUAGUCGCCGAAAAGAAAUCCGCUAGCGAGAAACAAGAAAAAAUUGUACCAAUUAAAAUGUGUGGCUUUACACCGAAAAGGACUCAGAUCGAAACCAAAAUGACUUCAGAAAUUACACAAAAUUCGGUUAAGGAAAAUAUUAAGGAUACAGAAGACAUGAAUCGUAACAAGACUGCUCAAAUAAUGCUUAAAGAAGAACAUAGUCGAUUGUUAAAGCCAGAACUACUCAAAGAGACAAUUCAGGAGACUAAUGGAGAUAAGUUUUCGUCGAAACAGGUUGUUGAACUUAAGGGACUGUCUGAGAAAAAGGAUGAGAAGAAUAUUGGUGCCACUGCAAGCAAGAUUGAAGAAUCAUUUGCUAAAUCAACUUUAGGAAUGUCUGGAUUGACAGAAAAAAUUGGCGAAAAGAGUUUAGCCUCUACAUCAGACCUGUGUGGAAUGAAAACUAUGUCUAAUAUGUCUAAAACGAUUAUUGAAGAGAGUUCUUCGUCAUUUAAGUCCUCCUCUUCCAUGCACUCCACCAUGAAGGCCAGUGGGAAGAUGGGGGAAUUUGUAACAGAUAUCAUUAGUGCAGAGUUAAAGGAAGCCGCAGAAAAUGUAUAAAAGUUAUUUGUAUUUUACUAUUAAUGUUUAUUACUUGACUAUAAAAGAUUUUACGUUUAUUACAAAUUCAAACCUUAAUUUAAUAUUAAGUACAAGUAAUUGAUUUGUAUAUUUAAUAACAAGAGCAUUUUUAUUUCAAAUGUAGAUAAAAUCAUUACCUUUUUAAAUAAAUCUCACUUUGGUGAAGCAUAUUAAUAUCAAUUCAAUAAAUUAGCAUUAUACAAUGAGAUCAUGGAAAUCUAAUAUCAAAAGUAUGUGAACCUACUUUGAAGUAAUUUCAAGAUAAAUAUUGUAGUCUUGACGUAACUGAGGCCAAGGUUAUUGCAUGUCAACAAUUGAUUAUGUUAUUACAACAGCAUUGACAACUGAAUAAA